AUGGACCCAGCCCGGGGUCGAGAUCCUGCGCUGGAGGGGACAGCGGAGAGCGCGCAGCAGGUGCAUGAGCCCGCCGCGCCUCGUCCGCGUCCCUCCGCACACCCCUCCGCAAGAGUCCGGGCGUUCACCUCCGCGUCAGCCGCCGCGGCAGCACUCUCCCCGAUGUCGCUCAUCGCGAAAUUCGGCAGCAGUCCCCUCGCCGCCGUUCUCCAGAGCAUCGCGAUUAUCACCGGGACGGCGCUGGCGAUCAUCUGUCCCCCACAGGCCGGCGCUCUCCUCGCCACCCAUCCCCUCGUGGUCGGGCAGGACAGCGCUCACCCCGAGCGCGAUCCCCCGCACAACGCUCUCCGCGGCGAUCUCCGGCGACGCGGGGGAGGGGGUCGCCUGGACGUCGCUGGGAUUCGGUUCGCCGCGAGCAGUCCCCUCCGCGUCCGCACUCGGCUGGUUCCGGAGGCCAUCGGGGCCGGCGGAAUGGCGGCGCGGGCGAGUGGGGAGCCGACUCACGUGCACAUUGAGGUGACCAACGGCCCUCCCUUCGCCGCGGAUCCUGGCCAGAUGGCUCCUCUGCGCGCGCCGACACUGCGCGAAUAUCUGCCAGCGCGGGAGGGGAGGGCACAGUUUCGCACCCCUCGUCAGGUCCCGGGCUUCUCCGCGCACUCGAAUCCUUGCUGGCCGUCGGCGUUUCCGCGCGAAGCUCCGACUGCACCUCCCCCCACUCGCGCGGGGAGAGACCCCAUGCUGACCAUGUGCCGGGUUCUGAACCUGGCUGGCGGAGGUGUGCGAGGUGGUGGCGAACCUGCAGCUGGCGAAUCGCUCGAGUCGCCAUUGGCACCCGUGUCGGAAGCGCCCGCCGGGGUAGCGCCCUUAGAGCGUACUUUCCCCCACCACGUGGGGGAUCUUGUAGGUGCUGCUCAAGUCGGGUCCCCCGUGGACACACUGCAGUCGUCGGCCCAUCUCCUCCUUGCGAUGUCGGCGUGCAUGCGCUCGAUGCUGGAGAUGGAGGGGGCGGAGCCGUACAUGAUGUAG